AUGGAGAGGUUUUUAGAAGUGUUGGGCGACAAUGAUGCAAACGAGAAUGAUGAAAAUAAAGAGCGCAACGAAGUUGGAAAAUCUGGGUCGAAACAUGGUACUUCGAAUGUGUGGAAAUGGUUUGACAAACUAAGUAAAACUACGUCAAAAUGCCGCAUUUGUAAGAAAAUUUACAAGACUAGUGGUAACACCUCCAAUUUAAGGGAGCACCUAAAUCGCGUGCAUCCGAAUUAUGCUGGGACAGAAUGCAAAAAAUCAACAAUUAAAGACUUUUUCAAGGAAUCUAAUUACUAUAAAGACAAUAAUCCUCGAAAAAAUUUAAUCGACAAUGCAGUAAUAUCAAUGAUAGUUACCGAUAUGCAGCCUACUCGUGUUGUUGAUGACGUUGGCUUUAGAAAUCUACUGGGAGUUUUAGAACCGAGAUAUAAGUUGCCAAGCAGGACAACUUUCCAAAACGUCCUACUUGUUGAAAUGUUUGACAACGCCGUGAAAAGUCUCAAAACUAUGUUAAAUAACAUAAAUUAUUGCUCGAUUACUUCUGAUGGCUGGACAUCAAAAAACGACAUAAAUUACUUAACAGUCACAUGCCACUUCAUUGUGGACGGCAAAUUAAAAACAGCUGUGCUGUCAACUAACCCCUUAAAUGAUGACACCAACCAUUCGGGAGAGAAUAUUGCGAGCUCUAUACGACAUGUGCUGACUGAAUGGAAAAUCUUUGAUAAAGUGACCACAAUAGUAACUGAUAAUGCACAGAGCAUGGUCAAGGCAUGCAGACUGUUGGAAAAAUGUCACCUUCCUUGUUUUGCGCAUAGCCUAAAUUUAGUUAUGCAAGACGUUUUAUCACAUGAUAAUUUAAAGGAACUUAUUUCAAAAUGCAAGAAAAUUGUGGCCAAACAUUUCUGCGAAUAUAUCGGAAACCAGUGGAGCUACUAA